CGGCCAGAUUGUGGGUGUUGUAGCCGAGGAGAGCCCGAGUCUGUUUGGGGUGGAGUAGCUGCUGCCCAGCAAGCUAACACUAGCAGGAGCGAAGAAUGGAGCUCGGUGUCAGUCGGUGAUAGAAAUAUGCACCGUCACAUGUCAUUCACCCCCUCGCCAGGUGUUUGUAGUGAAUCACAGUAGGGUUAGCAGCCGCCGCGACAGGCUUCGUCUUAUGGCGGCUCUAUCAUAUUUAACGUUAGUGUUCCGGUUCUCGGGGUCCGCCGGUCGGACCUACGGAGUGUUUUCCAAAGGCUUGACGAGGACUUUGUUGAUAUUUUUCGAUCUCGCAUGGCGACUGCGAAUCAGAUUUCCGUACAUCUACCUCAUCGCCUCGAUGAUUUUCAACGUCAGAUUACAGGUACAUAUCGAAAUCCACUGAAUCUACAAUGCCUGCUUCUGGACUCAAGACCUUGUGUGUGUUAUUGUGAGCACCGUCACUUUGCAGCCCUCUGAGCCAGACACUGCACAGCGAUGUGGUGGAAGAGGAUACUAAUUCCACGGAUUGGCAUGACAGUGCAACAAAGUGACACGGCUGCUGUCUCACUCAGCCUUUGUCACAAGAGCCCAGUGCCUUUGUGAGGAAAGGACACCAGCAACGUCCUGAACAUUAGCUGGGGGCGAGUGGUGAUAUGUGAGGGUUGGGGGAAAGACACCACACACUCAUACUUGUGACUUGCCAGCAGAGAUUGUGGAGCCACUCGUCCUGUCCAUGGAGACCGUGAUGGUGAUGGAUGAACAGUGGAGUUUUACACUGCCUUUUCUGUCGAUGACACGGACUGACCAAUGGAUUUGAUCGUGAAAAUGGAAUGAAUGUUACUCUGGGACUUUAUAGUCAUGCUUUAUUGUCUGAGUUUGACAUGUAUCUUAAUUAGGCCUCUCAUGUAUACAUCUCGCAGAAAAAGAAAACUGGAAUCAUGUCACGUUGCUCUAGUUUAAAACCUAAAUAUCUACACUGCAUGCCACAGACGAGCAUGUUUGCUGCCCUCAGUGGUUUAGUCACCUUAUUUGAGAUCAUUACAAAUGGGUGGCAUGGGUGGGGCUGACUAUAAGGGGCGGUUUAAAUGUAAACCAUGGGAAACUGUGAAUGGUCCUCUAACAGGUGGACUUUGUUAGGAAAUAAUGAGUGUUUGUUGUAUAAUACAGUACCUUUAUGGAAUAUCCACCAAUGUUUGGAAAUUUGCAGAAUAAGGAGAGGCCUGUGCCCUCACUACAUGUUUGUCAAUUUGUUGUGCAGUCAUUAGGGAAAUCAGUGCAUGUCCUCUUUGUGUUCUGACACGAUUUGUCACAGUCACUUUUGUGUAUCUGCAUUUCAGUGGCACUUGAAAGGUGGCAUUAGAAAAUGUUACCUUCAAAGUUUUUUGUUCGUUGCAUUAUCUUCCAUAUUUCUGUGACGCAUUUGUGGUUACUGAAGUAAGGGUACGGAUAAAUGAAUUUGGGAACUAAUACAUUUAUGAAAUAACCAUU